AUGAAUGACCUGCCAGUGCCUACAGUGAUCAACACAUUCCACAUACGGGCUGUCGUAGAAAGAAUCAGUUUUACCUCAAGAUCAUCUGUUGAAACUGGAAAUGGGUUUGAGAAAGUGAAGAUCAACGUGCCUGUUAGUUUAUGCGGUGAGCCACAAAGCAAGGACCUUGAGAUCUUUGAACUUUCUUCUCAGAAGCAGUCUUAUACUCACAGCAGGAGUGAGUCAGUUUGCAGUGUUGUCUCUUCUGUUGAUUAUGUUCCUUCCUUGACAAGUGAGACACAAAGUUUACCAGUGAACCACCAAAGCUACAGUGAGAUGUCUCAUGAAAGUGAGUGCUCUGUAACAACAAUGAUGACUUCACAUACCAUAAAGUUGGUAGAGGAUCUCAAAAACGGAUCUAAAAAAGAGAAGACUGCUGCUGCAGCUGAGAUACGCCAUCUCACCAUUAACAGCGUUGAGAAUCGUGUUCACAUUGGGCGUUGCGGUGCUAUCACUCCACUGCUGUCACUUCUAUACUCGGAAGAGAAGCUAACACAAGAACAAGCAGUCACAGCUCUCCUGAAUCUUUCUAUUAGUGAAGUAAACAAAGCCAUGAUCUUGGAAGCUGAAGCUAUAGAACCGCUUGUUCACGUUUUGAACAGAGCCAAGGAGAAUGCAGCAGCUACAUUGUUCAGUCUGUCUGUUCUGCAAGUCAACAGGAAGAGAAUAGGGCAGUCUAACGCGGCGAUACAGGGUCUUGUGAGUCUUCUUGGAAAGGGAACGUUUAGAGGAAAGAAAGAUGCUGCUUCUACUUUGUUUGAUCUCUCUAUAACUCAUGAGAACAAGACUCAUAUUGUGCAAGCUAAGGCGGUUAAGCAUCUUGUGGAGAUGUUAGAUCCGGAUUUGGAGAUGAUUGAUAAAGCAGUUGCUCUUCUUGCAAAUCUUUCUGGAGUUGGAGAAAGGCGUCAAGUGAUUGUGAGGGAAGGUGGGGUGCUGUUGCUUGUUGAGACGGCUGAUACAGUGUCUCAGAGAGGGAAAGAGAAUGCAGCUUCAGUGCUGCUUCAGUUGUGUCUGAACAGUCCUAAGUUUUGCACUUUGGUCUUGCAAGAAGGUAUACCUCCGCUUGUUGCCUUGUCUCAGUCUGGUACACAGAGAGCAAAAGAGAAGGCACAUCAACUACUCAGCCACUUCAGGAACCAGCGAGAUGCAAGGAUGAAGAAAGGUAGAUCAUGA